AUGAAAGCUCUUGUUGGCGCUGAAUCGGGCGGCUAUCGCCUCGCCGACAAUGUCGACAUUCCCGCCCCGCAUCGAGGCUCGAUACUAGUCCGUGUACAUGCGAUCGCUUUGAACCCACGGGAUGCGAAGAUCGUUGACUACUCCAACGCUCCAGGGUCCGUAGGUGGCUGUGACUUUGCCGGCGUUGUGGCACAGGUGGGCGAAGGAGUUACGCGGUUCAAGGAGGGUGAUCGAGUGCUCGCUGUCACCUUUGGCUCUGAUGCAUUGGACAAGACGAAGGGUGCCUUCGCCGAGUUUGCCUUGGCGGAGGAGGACAUUAGCUGCCACAUCCCCGAGGGCUUCUCUUUUACGCAAGCAUGUUCGAUUGGGCUUUCGCUGGCUACAGCCGGGCUGGCUCUUUUCCAUGCGCCCGGACUGGAGCUGCCAAUCCAUGGGGGUACGGGUGAGACUGUGCUUGUCUCGGGAGGUGCCACGGCCACAGGCGUCAUGGCAACACAGCUGUUGAAGUUGGCCGGCUAUACACCCAUCGUCACCUGCUCGCCCGCCAACAACUCUCUGUGCGAGUCUUAUGGCGCAGCAGCCUGCUUCGACUACCAUUCUCCCGCUUGCGGUGCUGAUAUUCGCGUGCACACUGACAACUGUCUGAAGUACGUCUUAGACUGCGUCACCGACGCCGCUACCAUGAAAAUGUGCUACGGAGCCAUCGGUUCUUCUGGAGGAAGUUACAUCGCCCUCGAAACUAUCGCCACCACUGUGAAGUACACGCGGAGGGAUGUCCGUGCUGAUUGGUUUCUGGCCGACGCCAUUAUGGGCGACGGGGUACACAUGGCUGGAACUUAUGGGCGCCCUCCCUCAGCCGAGCAUAGGCAGUUUGGCAAGCAAUUAUUUGCGCUGGCCGAGAACUGGCUGCACAAUGGGAGCAUUAGACAUCAUCCCCUGGAAAUUCAGGAUGGCGGACUGGCAAACGUGCCAAACAUUAUGGAAGAUAUGAAGCUUGGGAAGGUGCACGGCAAGAAGCUGGUGAUGCCACUGCUGGGGCAUUAG